AUGGCGUGGAAGCAGUGUCCAGGUCUCCGUGAGCGUUUUCUUUCCAUUUCCAUCGACAAUGUUGCUCCGUUGACUCAGUUCAGAACUAUCCGAGUAUGGCUGAAGAGAGACAGUGGCCAGUACUGGCCCAGCAUUUACCACACCAUGGCAUCUCCUUGCUCCGCUAUGGCUUACCAUCAUGACAGUAGACGCCUCUUUGUGGGCCAGGAUAACGGAGCCGUGAUGGAAUUCCAUGUUUCUGAAGAUUUUAAUAAGAUGAAUUUUAUCAAGACCUACCCAGCUCAUCAGAACCGGGUGUCUGCCAUCAUCUUCAGCGUGGCCACGGAGUGGGUGAUCAGCACAGGCCACGACAAGUGUGUCAGCUGGAUGUGCACCCGGAGCGGGAGCCUGCUGGGGAGGCACUUCUUCACCUCCUGGGCCUCAUGUUUACAAUAUGAUUUUGAUACUCAGUAUGCUUUUGUUGGGGAUUACUCUGGACAGAUCACCCUGCUGAAGCUUGAUCAGAGCACCUGUUCAGUUAUCACAACCCUCAAAGGACAUGAAGGUAGUGUUGCCUGCCUGUGGUGGGACCCUAUUCAGCGGUUACUCUUCUCAGGAGCAUCUGACAACAGCAUUAUCAUGUGGGACAUUGGAGGAAGGAAAGGCCGAACCCUCCUGCUUCAGGGCCACCAUGACAGGGUGCAGGCGCUGUGCUACCUCCAGCUCACGCGGCAGCUGGUUUCCUGCUCCUCGGAUGGUGGCAUCACCGUGUGGAACAUGGAUGUGAGCAGAGAAGAGGCUCCUCAGUGGUUGGAAAGUGAUUCUUGUCAGAAAUGCGAACAGCCCUUUUUCUGGAACAUAAAGCAGAUGUGGGACACAAAAACUCUGGGGUUGAGACAGCAUCACUGCAGGAAAUGCGGGCAGGCCGUCUGCGGGAAGUGCAGCAGCAAGCGCUCCAGCUACCCGGUCAUGGGCUUCGAGUUCCAGGUCCGCAUGUGCGACUCCUGCUACGACUCCAUCAGAGACGAAGAUCGGACUCCGUUGGCAACCUUUCAUGAAGGAAAACACAACAUUUCCCACAUGUCUGUGGACGUUGCUAGGGGACUGAUGGUGACCUGUGGGACCGACCGAGUUGUAAAGAUCUGGGACAUGACGCCGGUGGUUGGCUGCAGUCUGGCGACUGGAUUUUCCCCACACUGAUCCCAGAGCUGGACGAUUCACACACCCUCGGGAAAGCACCCGUCACCAAGUGAAAUCCUCCCCACAGUCACUGUCACGUGAAAGGGCAGUAGCCACUUUAAAAAGAAAUCAGCAUUUUUACAAUGAAAGACAAGAACCGUAAAAGCACGUUGCUGAGCACUUGGGGGACUAGCGUCGGAAAGCUCGGCGUGGUGCUUGGCUGAGGAAUGUAAUUGAUGCCACAGAAUUCCCUCGUGAACGCUGCGCUCCCGUGUUCUGAAAGAAUCAUGUAGGAAAUGAACGUUUUAGAUGGAACAAAAAAGGCAAUGGUUUAGAGUGUUCUUGAAGCAGUCACAAGGGCACCCACACUUCUGCUCAGACCCGGUGGAUUUUCCCAGGCCGUUGGGCGCUCUGUUGGAGCUGAAAUGAGGGGGGAGGAAGCCUUCUCUCUCUGGAGGGUUGGCAGCGGGAGUUGAGGAAACCAGAGCUCUCUCUCUGUCUUCCAGCAGGAUGGGAGUGUUCUGGACAGUUAUCGAUAAACUCCUUACAAAUAAUCUGCACUUAGCAUUUGCCUCGCUUCAGUUAUUCUUCCUGGCCACUCUGCCACGGGAAAAUAUCCGUAGUUGUUCUAAAGUUGUGAAGUUUCUAUCCUGGCCAAGGCAGUCCACAGCCUGCCAUUUUCCCAUAUGCGCUCGAAGGACAAAACUUUUUUUAAUGGUGCUGUUAAUGGGAUCCCACAAGCCGCCCGACCUUUUCUCGCCCCAGUUACCAGCGUGAUUGCCAUGGGAAGGGAUCAGCCUGUUCUGUGGAACAGCACAGUCCUGCCGCUCCCGACAGACACAGUCUGUCCCUUCUUGCCAGUGGCGCCAAGUGAUGCCACAGAAGGAAACCCGAGGCCCUGAGCUCUCCUCCUGAACCAGGUCUUGCACAAUAAUUGCCAACCCAUAAAUCACAACCAUAAACACUUGUAACAUUUGUUGUAUAAA